AUGCCCAUCACAGGCGUCUUCUUCAUCCCCUCAAACCCCAACUCCUCCACCGUCCUCUCCACAAUCUCAGAACGCCUACACACCGUUCUCUCUGACGAACCUAUCCCCAUAGGCCGCUGGGCAUUAGAGCACAAGCUCAUGCGCGACACGCCAUCUUGUCUACCAGCAUCUGCAUCUCAGCGGCCCGCGCAGCCUCGGUGGAUGCAGUUUCUGUCGUUGUCGUAUCACCCAUUUCAUGGAUUUGUUUAUGCGUCGGAGGCGGAUAAGUCGCAGUUUGGUGGUGCGGCGCACGCACAACCGCAAGCACCGGGGCAACAACCACAGGCACAAGCACCAGGGGCCGUACCAGGGGCACCGCCGCAACAAUCUCAACUCCAACAACAACAGCCCCAAUCAACUCCAGGCCCAGGCACAAGCACAGCUACAGCUACAAACAGCGGAAUGAUAAUGACAACAGUCCCCCUCCCCUCCUCCGUAGCUCUCUUCCAACACUUCGUCUACGCCUGCCAACCCUUCUGGAGCCACCGCCACACCCACGCCAUCCCCGGCGGCAUGGUCUACGACAUUGGCGACUUCCGCGUGCGCAUCGGCGACGUGCGCCAGACGCAGCCCGUCGCGAGGAUUCGCGGGACUGUUGUUGAGGUUGAGUGGAGGGGUCCUUCGUUGUUGGAUUCGUUGAUGCAGAAUCACCCCGUGACAGAAACGCAGGAAAAUGGGGAAGAUGAUGAUUCGGGUAUUGAUGUUGGACUUGGGUUGAUUGAGGAGGCGGAUGUUGAUGCUGAGUUUGCGGCGACGGCGGGGUUGAUUAGGGAGUUUUGGGGGAGGUUGGGGGUUGAGGGGGCUAGGGAGGCGAUUCUUGUGCCGGAUGUGGGGAAAGAGGUUAAGGAGCAGUUGAGGAGGUGGAAGGCGCUGCAGCAGGAGGGUAAGAAGGAUGUCCAUGGUCAUGGGGUUGGGGAGGGUAAUGGGCAGCUGUUGGAUGAGGAUCCUGAUCCGCAGGCUGGUGUGGAUGUUGCGAGGCAGUUUAUGGAGAUUUUUAGGUUUAACCGGUGA